AUGGACAUGUACGACAAAAUAUCACCACAGGAGGACGCUCUGGAGAGACCAGAGACUCCUCCACAUCCACCAGUCCAAAGGCAUCAGAAGUUGACGACCUUCUGUAUUGGGUUCUUGAUGGUAUUUUCCAUCUUCAGCGUCGACCGAGAGAUCAAAGAUUAUUUCUACCAAGAACCUAGACUAAGCAGCCGAUCGAUAGCAAAACGAGAGCUGGGUUCCUGGGGCCAAGCCAUUGAUGUUAUCGUGACUCCAGACACCGUCGAAGCUAUCGGUAACGACCCAAGGCUCAGGAGGACCUUGAUGUCUAUGGUCGACUACACUUUUGAUCUCACAGAUCAACUAGUCGCCCGCUACGAGUCACCUCAACUCCAGGAAACAAAAGAGGCCCUGCAAGAGUACAAAGAGCAGAUCAGGAGGAGCCUCGAAGGGUUGAGGGAUGACGAAGAAAGCUCGAGUCAACUCCAUAAGCGACAGUUCCCUAGUCUCGGAGAACUCUUCGGAGCGGCGGACGCUGGAGGUGGCGGCGAUGGUGGCGGUGGUGGCCCCAGUCUUCCUGGCCUGCCUGGUCUCCCGACUCCAGGCGGCGGCGGUGCCGAUGGAGGUGGAAUGUCAGCUGGCAUACUCAGUGGUCUCCUUCAACCCCUGAAAGACGGACUGAGCAACGUCGGAAACCAACUUGUCGCCAACCUCAACGGUCCGGGCAUGUUCCUGGGCAUCGGCGUCGGAGCCGGAGCGGCCCAGGGGCUCAACCUGUCUACAGAAGCAAAGACAAUGGAAGUAGCAGCAAAGGUCGCAGCAGACAACAAAAUGGAAGCCACGGGUCUCAACCCAGCCAUCCAGAACCUGGGCGUCGGACUUACAUCCACACUACUCGGCGCCAUCGACUUCAACAGCCUGGGCGGCAACAUCACAAACCAGCUGCAGCCCAUUGCCCUCUCUCUCGCAACAGGUCUCGGAAACGGCACAGUCGCAGGCCUGAAGCUGAACGCCAACGCCGCAAACCUCGAACCCGUAAACGACUCGUCCAUCCCCAACGUCAUCGGCACCUUUGGCUUCGGUCUGACGAAGACGGUAGCGGCCAACAUUGACAUCAACCAGCUGUUCAACUCGGUCAACAACCCCAACACUACGAAGCAAAUCAUGCGUAUCCUCCCUGCCGCGGCUUCGGGCUUCGGCAAGGGCCUUGGCCAAGGUGCCACCGUCGGAUUGGGACUACAGCCUGACUCCGCGGUGCCGAUGCAGCAGAUGCCCGACGACCAGAUCGACUUUGGUGGUAUCUCGCAGACGUUCGCCAAGGGUCUAACGAGCAGCUUCCUACAGAACGGUACCGCGACCGAGCUGCUCAAUAAAGUAGGCGGGUCGAUGAACACAAACCAGAAUGGCGGAGGUAUCCCGGCAACCAUCAAGUUCAAUGGCAUGGACAUCCAGGUCAGCAAAGUCGCGCAGGGCUUCGCUCGCGGGUUCCUCCAGGGCGCGGGAGAUGCGAUCCAGGGUAUGGGCGGUGUGCAGUCUCUCUUCGAGGGUAACGCCACCAUGCCCACCGGCGCGAUGCCCGAUGCCAAGGUCCAGUUCGACGACUCGCUCGGCGGAGCUGCCAGCGGGUUCGGAGCCGGAUUUGGUGGGCAAGGCGUUCUCGUCGCAUACGGACUGGCUAGCAACCCACGAGGAAACCCUCUUCCCGCUGCGAAUACGCCGGCAGCCCCGGCUGCUAACACGCCCGCCCAACGCCGAGACGUCGAACUCGUAUCGAGACAGGAUCCCCCGCCGGUGGUCUCCGUCAAUACUACCGAAGGCUUCAAAUUGUCUGUCGUGAUCAAUGCGCAGACCAUCUCCAUGGCUGCUCAAGCCGGUGUCAAUGCCCUCACCUGCCAAGGCGUAGGCGGCUUGGGCCUCAUUGGCUUCGGACUGAUCCGCAGCAAGACCAUUGCACUGGAUUCCUUUAACAACGGAAACGUUACCAAGACUGCGAAGCAAGUGAUCCCGACUGGGACUAUCAAGAUUUCAAAUGAGGGGCAUUCGUACGCCAUUGAUGGACAGGUGAUCCAAGACUCUCUUGGAAACUCGAUUAUCAACGCUGCAAAUGGCAUCGAAGUCAACGGAUUCAAGCUACCAGGCUGGAUCGCCUUCCUGGUUCUUCAUGUCCUCUUCGCCAUCGUUGCCUACAUCAAUAUCCUGCCCCUGGCCAUCGGGCUCGAGCACAUGCGCAACCUCCUCCUCCGCAUCAACGCACCUCAAAUUCUCCCAAACGUUCAAAAGUGGAACAAUAUCAUGUGGCUCUUCAUCAUGGGCCCUUCAGUGGUUGUCGUCCUUAUCUUUGGUAUCCUCGUAACUGCGAAGUCUUCCCACUUUCGCACUGCCCAUGGUAUCAUCAGCCUCUUCACGACUCUUGUCGGAUUGGCAGCCUUCUUGAUGCACCUCGCCAUCAAAGCCCGCGCCCCUCCUCAACUCCCAAACACCUCCCGCUCCGGCCCCACACCCCCGGCGUUGCUCCUCAGUCUCCCCAACAUCCGCGUCAUGGUCAACCAGCUCCUCCUGAUUCUCUCAUUCGCCUCGGUCAUCACAGGCUUUGCCGACCUGAGCUCCGUGGCCCUGUGUUUUACGCAAAUUGUUCCUUUUGAUCUAGCUCUGGUCAUUGGCUUUAGUCUUUCAACAGUCUUCGUCUCGGGAUCCACCGUUUCAGGACUUGACAUUGCACUCACUGUCCAGGACUUCUUGAGGCACAGGAAGGGCCUCAAGGGAGGCGAUAAGACUAACGCCGCUGAGAGAGGCGCGGAGAGAGGCGGUGUCAUGCAGGGCAAGAUUUCGCAGCCAACGAUGGUGGACGAGAAGGGCGCGUUUGCAUAG